GCUGGGGGCGGGAGAUGCGGCUGCAGCCGCCGUGGGGACUGGCUCCUUCCUCGCUGCUGCACGGAGCUGGCGAAAAGACCCAGAGGGGAAGCAACAGCAACUGCAAGCUGCUCUUUAGUUUUUGCAAACCCGCUCUGGGCAUUUUCUCCGUAGCUUGGCGGGGGUAAGGGGGUGGCUCGGGACCCCGCUGGGCUUCCCCCCGCUUCCUGCCCCCGCCCCACCGCAUCCCCGGGAUGAGCAUUUCCGUCCCGGAGGGGUUGACGGAGCUGCUGCAAGGCUUCACCGUGGAGGUGCUGCGGAGCCAGCCCGGGGACCUGCUGGAAUUCGCCCUCCAGUACUUCGGACGCCUCAAGGCCGAGGCUGUUGCUGCGGCGGGUCAGGAGGCAGGAGGAGAGGAGCCGGGCGAGGAGAAGGAGGAGGAAGGCAAGGCAAGCGCCGGCCACCGCCACAAUGCAGCGUCGCCUGGUCCCGAGAGGGGGAGCCGCCUGCAGCUCCGCAGGGCCCCUUCCGAGAGCCGCAGAGGGGUCAACUUCGCCGAAGAGUCUAUGCAGACCGAUUCCGAGAGCGGCGAAGGGGACGACGACGAGGCGACGGAAGAAUUCACGGCUCCAGUGAUAAACCGGUUCACUAGACGAGCAUCAGUAUGUGCAGAAGCUUAUAAUCCUGAUGAAGAAGAAGAUGAAAACGAAUCUAGGGUUAUUCACCCCAAAACAGAUGAUCAAAGAAAUAGGCUGCAAGAAGCUUGCAAAGAUAUUCUUCUAUUUAAGAACCUAGAUCCGGAGCAGAUGUCUCAGGUAUUAGAUGCCAUGUUUGAAAAGUUGGUUGAAGGAGGGGAGCAUGUCAUUGAUCAAGGUGAUGAUGGUGACAACUUCUAUGUUAUUGAUCGAGGGACUUAUGAUAUCUAUGUGAGAUGUGAUGGUGUUGGAAGGUGUGUUGGCACAUAUGACAACCGUGGGAGUUUUGGUGAACUGGCUUUAAUGUACAAUACACCCAGAGCAGCUACAAUCAUUGCUACCUCUCCUGGUGCUGUGUGGGGUUUGGACAGAGUAACAUUUCGAAGAAUUAUUGUAAAAAACAAUGCCAAAAAGAGAAGAAUGUAUGAAAAUUUUAUUGAGUCAUUGCCCUUCCUUAAAUCGUUAGAACUUUCAGAACGAUUGAAAGUGGUGGAUGUGAUAGACACCAAAAUAUACAAAGAUGGAGAACAAAUCAUUGCUCAGGGAGACAUGGCUGACUGUUUCUUUAUUGUUGAAUCUGGAGAAGUGAAAAUUACAAUGAAAAGAAAGGAUAAACAGGAUGUAGAUGAAAAUGAAGCGGUUGAAAUUGCCCGAUACACUAGAGGGCAGUAUUUUGGUGAACUUGCUCUUGUAACUAACAAACCUCGUGCUGCCUCUGCAUUCGCACUCGGAGCAGUCAAAUGUUUAGUUAUGGAUGUACAGGCAUUUGAAAGGCUUUUGGGACCUUGUAUGGAAAUAAUGAAAAGGAACAUUGCGAACUAUGAAGAACAGCUAGUUGCUCUGUUUGGAACAAACAUGGACAUCUCUGAUCCCAGUGCAUGAAGUAGAAUAUGAAACAACAAGAUCUGUUUAUGAGAAAUAGCACAGUAGUGGUUAGUCCACUGAUAAUGUGUCUAUCUUCCUGUAGAUGCUAAGCAUUUCUCUGUGACUUUACGGGGGAUUGAGUUUCUUUGAUCCCCCCCCAUUUUUAUUUGCAUUUUUGUAUACAGUAGUUCAGAUGUGUCAGUAAAUGGUGUAGAGACAUCAUUCUGUUGGUCUUAUCUUGAAUAAGAGUUGAGCACACCAGUAUCUCAACUACUAGGUAACAGUCCUGAAAAUCAAUCCCAUAAGUCUUUUAGUUUUCAGUAGGAAUUUACAACAUUGUCUGCAGUUCUAGGGUUGUAAUAAUUUGGCACCUAAAAAAAAACAGGCCAUGUCUUCUGUAAUACAGUUGUUAACAUUUUAUUUAACGAAAUCCAAAAUUGCAAUCCAAACUCUGUGUGCAUACGGGGAUGUCUUUUUAUUUUAUUUCUCUCCCCCUGGCCCGUGCCCCAGCCAGAAGUUUUGGCACUGUACAAAAGGCUUUUAGAAGGAGAACCCUGCUUCACCUAAACAGUACACAAUGCUUUGGAUUGCAGCACAUACCUGCCUGUUAAAUAAUUAAUGGUUUCUGUUAAAUAUCUGGGGGUAAAAAGAAUAAAUUAAUGUCAGUGAGAUAUUUGUUGCUGACAUACAUUAAAGUCAGGGCUCCAUAUAGCAAAUAAACGUGCUAUAUUGAAAAUGUUAGUGCACCAGUGUUCACAAGUAUCUAGUAUAGAAGGCUACACAGUAUACAUUUGGCUUGUUGGGUCUCUGAAUUGGCUUUAUUUAAGGUGGUAUUUAUAACAGUGUUUACAAAAAGCCCACCAAACAACAAAGCAUGGCCUUGUAUUGUUGAUAAAUCUUAUGACCUAUGUCUGAUUUUAGCUUUGUUAUUUUUAUUUUUAAUUUCCACUUGCUUGUAUAAUAAGAUGUCAGACCUUAUUUAGGUUUGUAUGAAAGAUACUGUAACACCUUACAAAAUGUGGAGGAUUUGUAUGUUAUGUAAUACAGCUAUUUUUAGUUGUUGCACUUUGUAUGUGUUGUCUCCAUUACUUAGAGAAGUCAGAUCUUAACUGAUCAAAAGAAUGAAAAAGGUAACUUUUAUGUAAUGAAAAAUAAUUUUGCAUAGGUAAUUGUCACAUUCUACUUGUAUAUAAUUUGAAUAAGACAUGGUCUUCAAAGCAGUCUUAAUCCUGGUGUAAUCUUGGAUUAAUUUCAAGGAUUGCAGUUUCUCAGACUGACCCUCCAAUUUGUUAAACUGAAUUACUUGGAUUUGGGGUGUCUGUAUUCGACAUAAUUUUUCUACUCCUUUGUUUUUAAUAGCGUGUUUAUCCUCUGUUAAAGUAUCUCCCCUUGCUUCGCAUUCAGUGAACCUGGGCAGCACUACCCUAUAAACUGGUUUUAGCUAAAGUAAAUUGUGCCUUAGGCCACUGCAGCUACAGCCAGAUCCAAUUUUGCCAUGCCUCUUACUGUUAGAUAUAACUGGCGUAGAGAUGGGCUGGUUUUCAAUCAGUUGAGUGAUUCUAGUAGUCAUACAACAGGGCCACAGAGAGUGUAUGGAACGGUCUGCAAGGGCAGAGGGCAAGCACUACUAAACCUAAUUUUUGCCCACUGUGGCCAGACUGUAAUAAUAUAAUUUAACUAGGUUAAUUGAGAAUAACAAUGAAGAAAGAGAGCACCAAUUUUAAAAAAGUGUUGUCUUCCCUGGGAAACAUUCUGUCAAUACAGGUGUCAGUACAUGCUGUGGUCUUCUAAAGAUCACUUUGCCUUCAAAAUAAAAUACAGUCUCAACCAAUCUUGUAAACAAGCCCACCAAAAUUAUCUGCUAGGUGCUAGCAGAAAAGAGGUGGAGGGCUUGGACCCUCUUCCAGCAGCUCACUGCAUUUCUAUGUUGAACAUGGAAAUGGAGGCUUCCUUUCUCUGGCAGCACACUUGGUUUAUAAGCUGGGUUCAGAAGAGGGAAAGAACCGCCCAUCCUGACUCUGCCAAUCUACUCCUUCAGCCUCGAAUUCUGUGCACUCACCUGCAUAGAGUUUCUUGUCACCUGUGGCUACCAGGCAAAUGCUUAAAUACAAGGCUGGUAACUCUGUUGAAACUCUAUUUCAUUUAUCUUGGACUGAAGAGAGAGUAUUAACUCACCAAUGCAUAUGUAUGUUAGUGUAACGAUAUAAUGAAUAGCUAGUGAUUGGUUCAAAUUAUAACAUAACUCAAGGAGGUUAUUAUACAACAAUGUUACUAGUGUUGUAUAAUUUAUAUCAUACACUGUGAUAUAAGUGAUAUGUUAACUUUUUACAUAAUCUUCCUGAUAAAGUUCUUUUGUUAUUUGAUUUGAAAAAGUGGUUGUGUUAUGUAUCAGAGAGAAAUGUCAGGCAGCAACCUCCAUGACGUGGACCCAAAGAACUACACAACUAGUUUCACAUGCUGUGUGUUCCUUGAAUAGAAGUUGCCCAUAUCAUGAAAAAGGGGCUUUCAAAAGCCUUUUGUGACAGAGUAUGCCAGGUCCGUACUUCAAAGUAAACAAACAAACAAAAACCCACUCCUACAGCAGCUCUUGGGAUCCUGGCCCCAACUUUUUAACUGAUUACAGUUUAAUAUUAUGCAUUAUUUGAGUUGUUUAGUGGGGGGAAACAUUAUGAAUUACACACAUGAUAGUGACUUCCAAUCAAAGCCUAAACAAAUGCCAGUGUCAGUGUUGUAUAUCUGAAAUUGUCUAUACUUACAUAAACACUGUAAUUAUUUGACACUCUAGAUUUAACAUUUUAUGAACCACUACAAGUAGACUAUGCACUAUUAUGCUCUAGGCUCUAGAGGAAGGGCGGGAUAUAAAUUUAAUAAAUAAAUUAAUAAAUAAACUGUCUGUAGAAUUUCACCAGUUAUAAUGAAUGUUGGGGCUGUAAUGCACACAUGCAGCCUUCCAGUAAAUGUAAGCUGGUUUACUUCAGGGUUGCUUCUGCUGGUGAGAAGGUUUAAGAAUCAAGCUGCCGGGAUCUUAUUUAGUCUUUCCCAUUAGCAAGACAAGAUCAUCUGUUAAAUAUGACAGCAAUCUGUAAGGAAAAAGAUUUAUGUGUACAAUGAGUACAAAAGACUGCUUUGCAGGAGAGGGUGCGGAAGGUCCCUGCAGCUAGUACCUGUGAACUGUAAUUUUGCACAGUGUGUGCUAUAGAUGAUCAGUACAGCCAGCGUGGAUAGUACCAGUGGUUUGUUAGGCAGGGGUCAGGGAAGUGGGCACUGGAUGUCUCUUCCCGCCUUCCUGUGCUGUCAGAGUUGAGAGGGCUGAUCAACUUUUGGGAGAACUCCACAAGCACUGAUUGGAUGUGUAGCCAUCUGCUUGGCUGCUGGUUACUUGAGCUGAGGUAAAAAAUGUGAAUAGUUCAGCUGUGAGUGUAGAGGAGGGUAUUGCACUAAAGAUGUCUCACACUAUGGUUUGGAGUAUGGGUGCCAAAAAUAGCAUAAGCAGUGGGGCUUUGUAGCAACUCUAGACAGGAAUGGGAGUGCUUAUGGACCUUGUUAUACCAUAGAUAGAAUCAGGCCUGCCUUGCUUUGCCAGUGUGCAUGCUUCACAUCUUCCACCUCUUUCCCAGGUACAGCCAGUAUAGUGUAGCAAUUAGUAUUAGUCUUCAUCCAGGGAGAACUGAGUUAAAUUUCUACCUAAGCCAUGAAGAAAUUACCAUAAGAUAUUGUUGCAAUAAAUAAAAAAAUGUACACACCUUGAGAAACAUGAGUAUAGGAAGAACCCACAUGACAAAUGUCCUGUGCCCAGGGAUAUCUUAAUUUCAUGUGGGAAGAGACUGUCGCAUCAGGAUCUGUUCUUUGUUUUGGGCCCAUAUAGACUUCUAUAUGUAACAAAGGAACACUUGUUUGUCUUUUUUAACUAAGAUUCCUGUACACACAUACUGAAAGUGUGUACAUUCUGUAUGCUUGAGGAAUGGGAUUGUGUAUUAUUCCAGCUGUGCUUAGCACACUUCCAGGGUCAUGUUGUGGCCACAUGUUGGAUUAAUGUUGACAUAGAAUCUACACUGAUAGGCCGAAUCUGCUCAAUCUGGGAUUAAAUAUCAUAUGGGUUAGAGUUGUCUAGAUCUCAUCAGUGGUGGCUGGUGCCCAUUAGGACUGGUAGGAUAGAAGGCAGGAAGGCCAGCAAUAGAUGAAACCAGUGACAGGCAGAGCCAACUAAUUCUGGUUUUGAUCCCAUCCUCCUCCCUGCUGAGUUCUACAAAGACAACACUGAAACUGAGGAAGAUGAGCUUAUGGCCAGUGUGGCCCUCUAGACUGGGUUGUAAGUAAGAAGGCAAGGAGUUGCAUGAAACAGACUGAGGUUGGUGGGGCAGUGCCCCAUUUGCCCGAAUGGACCAGCCGUCACUAGAUCUCCCUGAAAUAUUAAGAGUUUAGAACCCAUUGAACUGUGAAAUGGGGGCACACAUGAGUAGGACUAAGGGUUUAAACAUUCCAAACGAUGAAGAAAGAUUUUAGUGAGGGGGCCAUAGCUCAGUGGUGCAGCACAUGCUUUGCAUAAAGGUGGAUCAAUUGCUGGUAUCCAGUUUUUUCCCCCCAAAAGGGGAUUUCAAGCAGAAGAGCUGAUUUCUCUACCUGAAACUUUAGAAAGCCUCUGCUCGAGUAGGUCAUACUGAACUAGAGGGACUAAUAGUCUAACUUAGCAGGUAGCUUCAUGUGUCCUGAUGUGAAUGUUCUACAGUUGAGCCACUUCUCCCCAGAGAAAUGAGCUGAAGUCUAAAGUAAGGACAUCUUCCAACAGAAUCACAACAACUUCCUAUAUGGGUUGGCUUUUAGUGGUCUGGAUUGAGGUAUCCACCAAAGAGGCUAUGGAGGAAGUAACUGCUCUAUUUUAAAUUUAAUGGGUGUUAGGAGUUGUUGCUUUUGAUACAUUUGUAUGUUUUAUUUUCGAUGUUCUGAAAAUAUUGUAAUCUGCCCUGUACCUUUUGGAUAGAGCAGAUUUUAAAAACAAACAUUAAAAUAAGGAAUUAUCCUUUAUUUACCUUAAAGACAUUUGUGUGCCAUUCAUCUUUCCUGAAUGUUAGUGUUCUGUCUUUUUACUGAAGCCUCUU